AUGCCCAACAUUAUGUCCCAGGAUGAGAGCGCUUCGGUGAGAACCAAGCUUCACACUUUCUAUCGAAGUCCACUGUUCAAUGCAAUAAUUCUGGGUUUGGUGAGCUUCACCCAGCCAGGCAUAUGGAGUGCUUUAGCUGGGCUUGGAGCUGGCGGUCUGGCAACACCAUACUUCGUCAAUGCAGCAAAUGUAAUCACGUUUGCUAUCAUGAUUGUAUUGAGUCCCAUCUUUGCUGUCAUGGGUAAUCGAUGGAGUUUGAAAUGGAUCCUCGUGAUUGGUACCAUUGGGUAUGUUCCAUAUUCGGCCUCGUUGUACACAAACAGUGUCUAUGGAACGCAAUGGUUCAUGUUGCUUGGUGCAGCAACUUGUGGUAUUUCGGCCGCGGCCCUUUGGGUUUCCGAAGCUGCCAUUGGUGUGGGAUAUCCCGAGGAAAACAGGAAAGGGUUGUAUAUCGCAAUCUGGUUCGGCCUGAACAAAAUCGGCUCAAUCAUAGCAUCAUCGGUUCAACUUGCGUUGAAUUUCGGAAACGACAAACAGGGGUCAAUCAGUUCUGAAACACACUGGGUUCUCAUCGGCUUGCAAUGUCUUGGUCUGCCGCUGGCUCUUUUGAUCUCCCCGAUCGACAAACUCAUCCGCAGUGAUGGAACCAAGCCAGCAAGACCGGAGCGCACAACAUUUGCCGAAGGCUUCCGAAGGUUCUGGCGUAUCAUGAAGCGCCCUGAGAUCGCAGCAUUGAUACCCAUUUUCUUAACCAGUCAAUGGGCACAGACAUACGAAGGCAACUACCUGACAACGUACUUCACAGUUCGGUCCCGGGCGUUGGCAUCAUUCGUUAUCACUCUUCUGGGGUUGGUUGUCAACAUGGUGUUCGGUUGGUUCCUGGAUUAUGACCGCUUGAGUCGAGCUACACGAGCUCGUGCGGGAUGGAUCAUCUUGGUGAUCACAUAUACUAUCACCUAUAUCUACAACCUGGUCUUGGAAGCAGAAUAUGAAAAGACGAAUCCGGUCUUUGAUAUCGAAACGCCAGGAUUUGCACGCGCAGUGGCAGUAUAUUGUAUCUUUUUCAUACCCUACAACGCAUUCGCCGUGUGGGGGUACUGGAUUCUCGGUUGUUUCGAUGACAAGAUCGAGAAUUUGACGUUUUCGGCUGCUGUUUUGCGAUCGGGUGAGUCAUUGGCAAGCACAAUCUCUUAUGCCCUCGGCGCAUCAAAGAGUGUGUCACUACUGAAGAAUAUUCUUGUGGCUUCGGUCCUCUUCUGGGCUGCGAUCCCGACGACGACUUGGAGUGCGUGGCAGGUGGAGGAGUACAAGAGAGAAGAUGAAGUCAGUGAAGAUGUUUACGACAGCCCACAGCUCGUAAACGUCAUAGUUAAGGGGCCUUCUGAUGUCUGA